AUGAAUGAAAAUGCACGAACAACACGAAAUACUGCUCAGUCACCUACAUCUCUUUCGGUAGAAGCACUUGAAGAAAUCGUUCGUAAUUGCCAACGAAAUGAAGAACGUCUACAUGAACUUGAGCGACAUACUCGACACGAACGAAAAAAAGCCGAGCGACUUCUUCGUGAAACGUUUCAAACCAAGUACAAUCGUGAUAGUCGAACGACCAGUGCUGCAGAUUGCAACACCACUGAUGAUAACAGUCACGUCAAUGAUCACCAAGAAAAACAGCGAUCACCGAAAGAAUUUUUUGUUUCUCUCGACGAUGAGAACGACGAAAAUGGUACAUAUCAUCGUCGUCACAAAAGAACUUUCAAUCAAGAUAAAAAUUUACUUGCACGAGUCGAAAAACUAUUGGCUGGCGAUGGAACAGCCACAUCCAGUGAUAUUAUGUCAUCACAAGAACGGCAAAAGAGGUUUGCCGAACGAUCGAUGUCACCUGUCGAAGAUGAUUUAGAUGACAAACUAUCUGAAAUUAACGAAAAACAUUCACAUCGACACCUUCCAUCGGCAUGUUCGAUUGAAAAUGAGCUUUCAACGGUUGAUCGUUUACUAUCCGAACGGACUCCGGUUCAUAAUCAACGCACGAAGUCUGAUAAUCACAACAACCAAGAAAAGCUAACGAAGAAACUCAAUACUGAUAAUAAUGAACAUAUAAAAGAUCUUGCUGAUAACCGUGAUCAACAGUUUUACAAACGUUUGAAUAAUUAUGUUCAAACAGGUCGAUUCAUUUCACCGGAAUCAGACCAACAAAUGACUAUCAACAUUGAAACCUCUCAGUAUCAUUCUCGUCCAGCAAAUGCAAGAAUUAAUAAUAAUAAAGACGAAGAAUUAUCUGAUUUAGCGCGUCGUUGCGAAGAUCUUCUCACGCGCUUACACGCCGAACGAAACCGUGCUGCUCUGCUCGAAAAAUCAACGCAUCGAUAUGAUUUUCAUCGACGACAACCUACACUUAGUUCCUCGUCGUACGAAUCAAGAAGACAUUCUCCUCAACAACGUUCAAUCUCACCGACGCCACUUCUUGAAGAAGAACCAUCGGCGAUGUCUCUACAACAAUCUCUCGAAUUACUUCGUCCAGAAUUUAUCUCCCGUUCUCGGCAGCGUGUUCGACGUGUGCGUCUUCUUCGAGAAGAGCGUGAGCACAACGCUGAGAUCGACCGUGAACGUCGACAAAUGCUUCUCUUUUCAUGUUCAUCUUGGUGUGCGAAACCGCAUAAACGUACAACAUCGGCGCCGCCAACGCAACGAAACGUUGCUUUCACAGUUCCAUACCAUCAACCGGAUUCAUCUCGAAUACCUUUAACAUAUCGUCAAAUGAAACGCGCAACAAAAAAGAAGUAUGACCAAUUACCUGAAGUCGCCGAUCAACGACGACAACAUCAGAUGGAGGAAGUUCGUCGACGAAAUUAUCUUCGUGCGAAAGUAUUUCGCACACGUUUACGUCAACAUGUUGCUCGACAUGGGCAAACUAAUAUCGAUGAAUCGUUGACAAUGAUUGAAACAUAA